CUUAGACAUAUACACAAAAGAUGCCGCUUCAGUCUAUUUCAGAGAAGCCUCUUUUCGUCACAGAGGAGGACUAUUCCCGAUCGCAGGAAUCAACGCCGUCCACAUUCAGUAAUUUACCUCCGAUCUUAAGACUUCAAUUGGACAACGUCAAAUGUCAUUUACAGCCCUCUACAGCAUUUCCGCAUUCAAAUGGGACAGACGAAGGAAGACAAGCGGGUGCCAUCAAUGGAAACGAAACAGCCUCAGAUGCUGUACAUCAAGGAACGCUGUUCCUGACCGACGAAUCUAUUUCAUUCUUACCUUCGGAUCAGAAAGGGUUCUCAUUGGACUACCCAAGCUUGUCUCUACAUGCAAUUUCAAGAUCGCUACCACAAGCAAUGCAGAGUACUUCAUUAGUAGCUUCUGAAGCAGGAUGCGUGUAUUGUCAGCUAGAUCUAAGUGCUGGCACAGAGGAAGAAGAAGAAGAAGAAGAAGAAGAGGGAGAUGACAACUUGGCUGAGCUAUGGAUCGUACCCGCCGAAGCAGAUCUAGUGGAGAAGUUGUUUGAGACUUUAUCUCACUGUGCAUCAUUACAUCCAUCAAUCAUGGAAGAUGGAGAAGAUGGCGGAUUCGGAAAUCCAUUCUCAUCCAUUGGACCGUUUGGAACGGGUCUUGCGCACACUGCAAACGGGGAUGCAAGACAUACACAAUUGCAAAAUGAGGGAGCAUUCGAAGAUGCAGAAGAAGAGGGUGGUGAUGCAGGUCCAAGCAUCAAUCUAAGCGAAUCAGGAAGGGCCACAUUGGCACAUCUUGAUUCAUUAUUGCAAAUGCCAGACGAUAAUGAAGAGCAUGGGUAUGGUACAAGUCCUGCUGCAUCUUUUCAUUCAUCCGAUCCAAGACAUCUUUACGAAAGCAAAGCAGCAGAAGCGACAAAAGCAACCUCUGUCGCCCCUACCGAAACACUCAUUUUGGUCAAUGUGCCUAAUGAGGUGUUUUAUACCCCUUCUUUAGCAUCUGCUUUGCUCGAUCUUCUCCAUGCGUAUGGGGAAAUGGAUUGGUGGCUAACGUUACCAGGCUUUGGUCGUGCGAUUGUGAUGUAUUCCAAGAUUGAUGGUGCAAAACGUGCGAAAGAAGCUUUGGAUCGUAUUUUGCUCCCUUUGAUAGACGAAGGAGAAGAUGAGGCCAUACUUGAUCUUCAAGAAGGAUCGGAUGUAGAGCCUCGCAAAUUAUCCGCUGGAGAUGGAGAAGGGCUUGUCUUACGUGCCUACUAUGGAGAACCCCAAGCUCUCUCUCGUCUUCGUGAUCAAGGAGAGGCUCAUUUGCCUGUCCCUACCACAGAUCGAAACUUUCUCAUCAGUCCACCAGGUUCGCCUCCUGUUGGAUGGGAACCUAUCCGUGAAGAUCCGCCGAAUACGAACACUUUGGCAGAUGAUCUGAUGAGAGCUUUGGGAUCUCUGCGUGAUCGCGGUCUAGGUGUUCGCAGUCAUACUCCCGAACCACUGGAAGAUGGUGAACGAUCGAAUACUACAUAUCAUUCGCAGAGUCAUCGUCGGACAGCAUCAUCGUCUAGCCUUGCGCCACCAACUGCUUCCGUGAUUAUUCCUCCAAGACAAGCAGCCGUUCGAUCGUAUCAUCCAUUGGCUAAAGAAGCUUAUGAUGUUGGUGAAACAAGAGACGAAGAAGCAAACGGACUUGUCUCUCUACCGGGAGUCACGGUGCAAAAUGUGGAUGCCGAAGAGGAUGGACAAGAAGAAGUGGAAAGUCGAAUGAAUAAAGGAUUAAGUAUCAGUUCGGUAAAAGCAACCGUGGAAAGUAUGAGAGGAGCACCAGCAAGUUUGAACCAUUCUUCACCUGAAACGAUCACACCGACCGCAAGGCCUCCUUUGGGUUAAAUUGUUGACAUGUAUAAUAGCACAUCUGUAUAAAGUAGCCAACCCAUAGAGAAGCGAUAGCCUACUGAAAUAUUGUCAUACUACUACUGUAACUGGCAAAAGCCACCUCUCUUAGGGUCUUCGAGAAGAUCCUACUUGUCUAAAGCCUGAAGAGCAAGUAGCACGUUCUCGUAAUAC